AUGAUGCUCUACUCCGCCUUCGCUGUCAUUCUUCUAGCUGCUGGAACUGCAGGCAACUUUCUGAAAGAAUGCGAAUUCAUCAGCUUCAGUCUCGGCGACAAUGAUAGGGACCCAUUCCUGCAUUACUCAUGCCCCCUCAGUCAGGCGCCGUACCUCUGGUGCUCCAAGUUGAAGCUGAACGACUGCAUCGUCAACAACCUUGGAAACCUGGAAGCUCGAGAAAAGUAA